CUCUUCCCACUGCUACCAUCAGGGAGGAGGUACAGGAGCCUGAAAACACACACCCAACGAUUCAGAAACAGCUUCUUCCCCUCCACCAUCAGAUCCCUGAAUGGACAAUGAACCCAUGAACACUCCCUCUCUGCUCUCUUUACACUACUCAUUUAACUUUAAAAAAUGAUAUGUACUUCCUAUUGUAAUUCACAGCUUUUAUUAUGUAUUGCAAUGUACUGAAACAACACAUUUCACAACAAUGUCAGAGAUAUUAAACUUGAUUCUGAUAUCUACAUUAUUAUUUGUUAACUUGUUUGUGGUGAUAUCACUUUUAUGUUGUGUGUGUGAGUCACAUGUACCAUGUUGUGCACCCUGGUCCGGGUUGUUCGUUUGACGGUGUACACGUUAACGGUUGAAUGACUAUAAACUGAACUUGACUUUAACUUGAGAGACCGCAGUGAGGGGAAGUGAGGGAGGUCAGCCUCGCAGACCCAUUACUCAGCAGUAUGUACACAUCUAGAGUGUGCCUUUGGGAGGAAGCUUCAGAAAAUCUUCACACCAAAUCCCACAGCAGAAAAGACUGAAGGGUUCCCAUUCAAGGCUUGAGAACAUGGAGGCCAUUCUGCCCCAUAAUUUUAUACUACCUCCUUAUCAGCCCAAUUCUCUUGCUGAUUACCAUGAGACUACUAGACGCUGACAUAGGAGCAGAGUUGGGCCAUUUGGCCCAUCGAGUCUGCUCUGCCAUUUCCCUGCUGUCCAGCAGCCCCCUCCCACCAUAAAGGGGUAUAAAUUGCCUGCACGUAGGUGGGAUGUGGGAGAAAUCCGGAGCACUGUUCUCCAACCCCCAUCCUACCUCAACCUGUCCCAUAAUCACCUAUCCCUCCCUCCCCAAUACCUCAUCUGCCCACUCCCUCUCUCUUUCCUCCAUUCCCUCCUCACUCAGCCCUUCCCUCUCCCUCAUCCUCCCCCUCCCACCGCCGAGUAACGGGGCGGCGCUUCCGUGGGGGUGGGGGUGGAGCUGCUGUGAGUUCGCGGAACCUCGGAGCCCGGGGAGAAGAGAAUCUAGAGACCGGGGAGAGGAGAGUUCAGAGCCCAGAGACCGGGGAGAGCAGAGUUCAGAGCCCGGAGACCGGGGAGAGGAGAGUUCAGAGCCCGGAGACCGGGGAGAGCAGAGUUCAGAGCCCGGAGACCGGGGAGAGCAGAGUUCAGAGCCCGGAGACCGGGGAGAGCAGAGUUCAGAGCCCGGAGACCGGGGAGAGCAGAGUUCAGAGCCCGGAGACCGGGGAGAGCAGAGUUCAGAGCCCGGAGACCGGGGAGAGCAGAGUUCAGAGCCCGGAGACCGGGGAGAGGAGAAUCUAGAGACCGGGGAGAGCAGAGUCCAGAGCCCGGAGACCGGGGAGAGCAGAGUUCAGAGCCCGGAGACCGGGGAGAGGAGAGUUCAGAGCCCGGAGACCGGGGAGAGGAGAGUCCAGAGCCCGGGGACCGGGGAGAGCAGAGUUCAGAGCCCGGGGACCGGGGAGAGCAGAGUUCAGAGCCCGGAGCCUGGGGAGAGCAGAGUUCAGAGCCCGGAGACCGGGGAGAGGAGAGUCCAGAGCCCGGAGAGAGGAGCCCGGAGCCCGGGGAGAGGAGAGUCCAGAGCCCGGAGCCCGGGGAGAGCAGAGUUCAGAGCCCGGAGCCUGGGGAGAGCAGAGUCCAGAGCCCGGAGAGAGGAGCCCGGAGCCCGGGGAGAGCAGAGUUCAGAGCCCGGAGACCGGGGAGAGGAGAGUCCAGAGCCCGGAGAGAGGAGCCCGGAGCCCGGGGAGAGCAGAGUUCAGAGCCCGGAGACCGGGGAGAGGAGAGUCCAGAGCCCGGAGAGAGGAGCCCGGAGCCCGGGGAGAGCAGAGUUCAGAGCCCGGAGACCGGGGAGAGGAGAGUCCAGAGCCCGGAGAGAGGAGCCCGGAGCCCGGGGAGAGCAGAGUUCAGAGCCCGGAGAAGCGGGGGCGAAGAGCCAAGAGAGAGAGGAGAAUCCGGUCGGGCCGUUGCCCCGGGACGGAAUGCAGCCGCCCCCCAGGAAGGUGCGUGGGAGUCCAGAUGUGAAGUUCAGCUUCUCGGAGCAGUUGUGCAGAGCCCAGAGCCGACAACAACUGGAACUGGAGCUGCUCGAAGACCUCAGGUCGUUCAGUAAACAGAGAGCAGCCAUUGAGAAGGAAUACGGUCAGGCCCUGCAGAGACUGGCGGCUCAGUACCUGAAGAAGGACUCGAGCAGAGGGAAGGCAGAUGCCACUGACAGCAGGACCACGUUUACCGCCUGGCGUUCCACCAUCGAGGCCACCGCCCAGCUUGGACAAGCGCAUGCUGUGUCUGCAGAAACCUAUCGGACAGUGAGCAGUGAGGCCGGCAGAACUGGCCGCUUGGCCAAGGACGUCAGGCUGAAGAAGUGCUCAGAGCAGCUGCUCCAAGUCCAGGCAGAACUGACCGAGGCUGUGAAGGAGCUCAACAAGACGAAGAAACGAUAUGCACAGCGACAGCGAGUCGCCGAGAUGGCGCAGGAAAAGGCGGCUGAGGCUGAGGCCAAGUCAAAGAAGAGCGAAUUUGGGAUAUUCCAUUCCAAGACCAGCCUGCAGAAGCUCAGUGUGAAGCUGUCCUCCCGGCUGCUGGAGUGUAACCAACGACUAACCGAAGCUCGGAACGAGUACCUACUGACCCUGGCUGCAGUGACAGCGCAUCAGGACCAUUAUCUCCAGAGUGACCUGCCCCAGAUCCUGAAGAACCUGGAUGGUGACAUGUACGAGAAGCUGCAGGAGUUCCUCACCCUCAUCAGCAAGGCAGAAAUGGACACUUCUCAGCUGGGGCAGGACUGUUUCCAGAAGGUCCUAGAGUCCUCCAGGAAGGUUUCGCGGGAGACCGAUAUCCGCUUGUUCCUCCAGGAAAAUUCCAUCUUUACUGAGGCUGCGACAUUCACCUUCCAACCUUUGGGAUCAGACAAGGUUUGCCAUCUGGUGUUGAAAGCGGGCACCAAAGACGGAGAGACGGGCCUGGAGAAGGAGGCCCAGAAAUGGGCAAUGAAACUGGCCAAUCAGCACAAGGUUGUUGCCCACGGAGACCGGGUUUUACAGAGUCUGUUGCGGCGCAGUCAGCAGCUGUCCGAGGAGGAAGCGGCCGGACUCGAGCUGAAGAUGGAGGAGAUCAGGGAGAGCAUCAGGAAGGCAGAGGUGAGCAAGCAGAAGGCGGAGGCGAGAUUGACGUUACUGCGAACGGCCGGAGUGGAGGUGGACGUCUGGGUCAGUAGCACCAUGUCACAGGCGCAGGAGGAACUGGAGCGGGAAAGGAGGCUGAGCGAGGCCCGUGUCUCCAAUGGAGGUCCUGAGUUCACUGAGUUGGAUUUCGCUGACUUUGAAGAGUUUGAGGAUGGCAACGAGAGUACGGAAGAAAAUCAGGAGCAGGCUCACUUCUCCGGUCCUCAUCUCUACCCUGUGCACUGUACUGCAAUCUACAGUUACCAGGCGGUGCAAGCCGAUGAACUGACCAUCACGCAGGGCGAGGCCCUCGAAGUGAUUGAGGAUGGUGACACAGAGGGCUGGGUGAAGGCUCGGAACAUCUCAGCACAGAUCGGCUACAUUCCCGAGAGUUACCUUCAGUUCCCGAGUGGAGCCAAUCCCAGCAGGAACUCCUCAGACAUUCAGGAUGUGAGUUGGAAUUUCACACCAGGCGGCCCCACAGAGCAGGCAGCAUCUGGAGAACGCCUGGCUGUGGCGCUGUACGACUACCAGGGGCAGAGCAACGAGGAACUGUGUUUCCCAGAGGGAGCGGUCAUCCGGGUACUGCACACCGGGGCGUGCGGAGUGGACGACGGAUUCUGGAAGGGGGAGUACAGUGGACGAGCUGGCGUCUUCCCUUCCCUGCUGGUGGAGUUGCUGAGUGAGGGCCGAGCGGAUCCUGAGCUGGAUCCGGAGGCGGACCCCAGCCUCCUGUCUCCUCCUCCAUUCUCCCCUCCUGCCCCGGACUUCUCUUCGCCAAGCUUUCACCCUGUGGGAUCAGCACAGCAAGAGGAAUGCCAUUCAUCUCCCAAUCCCGGGGAUCAGAGAGCCACCAGGCACAGCGGGGGUCCUGGCAGUGACACUCCACCUGCACAACUGACACCGGUCCGGGUUCCUCUGCCCAUGCCAUCAGCAGUGCCAGUUCCACAGCCAGAGGGCGGUUUCCUGGUCUGAGCAUCGCCGACUCCAUUUCUAACUCCGUCCCCGUCCCUCGGGGACACUCCCCCUGCACCGGAGACAGGAGUUUGCUGGACAGUCACACCGGGCAGCGAAGGAUGGACAACACAGACCAGCCAGGAACACGCACCAGGACUCCGGCUCCCACUCACCCUCCCGCUGCAUCCCAUGCCCCCUCCCCCAAUCCCUGGCUGCAGAGAAUGGUUUCACGAGAAUGAAAUGGUUAACACGUGAGGAGCGUUUGACGGUUCUGGGACUGUACUCGCUGCAGUUUAGAAGAAUGGAGGGCAAUCCCAUUGAAAUGUUGAAAAGCUUCAAUUGAGUGGAUGUGGAGAGGAUGUUUCCUAUAGUGGGGGAGUCUAGGACCAGAGGACACAGAUAGAGUGGAUGUGGAGAGGAUGUUUCCUAUAGUGGGGGAGUCUAGGACCAGAGGACACAGAUAGAGUGGAUGUGGAGAGGAUGUUUCCUAUAGUGAGGGAGUCUAGGACCAGAGGACACAGAUAGAGUGGAUGUGGAGAGUAGGUUUCCUAUAGUGGGGGAGUCUAGGACCAGAGGACACAGAUAGAGUGGAUGUGGAGAGGAUGUUUCCAAUAGAGGGCGUCUAGGACCAGAGGACACAGAUAGAGUGGCUGUGGAGAGGAUGUUUCCAAUAGAGGGCGUCUAGGACCAGAGGACACAGAUAGAGUGGAUGUGGAGAGGAUGUUCCCUAUAGUGAGGGAGUCCAGGACCAGAGGGCACUGCCUCAGAAUAAAGGGACGUCCAUUUCGAGUGGAUGUGGAGAGGAUGUUUCCUAUAGUGAGGGAGUCCAGGACCAGAGGGCACUGCCUCAGAAUAAAGGGACGUCCAUUUCGAGGAGGAAUUUCUUUAGCUAGAGAUGGGUGAAUCUAUGCCGUUUAUUGCCAUGGACGAGGUUGAUAGGUUGUUGGUUACCUCAGAUGUCAGAGGCUGGGAGAAAACAGGAGAAUGUUGUUGAAAGGGAUGGAAAAAAAUCCACCAUGAUGGAAUGGCAGAGCAGAUGUGAUGGGCUGAAUGGCCUCAUUCUGCUCCUUCAUCUUAUGGGAACCAUCCAGAGCCGCCCAGUUAACAGAAACGCCACAGAUAGCAGGGUUUGGUUUGGUGACCGCUGGGAGUACCCGAGUGUUGGGGACAAGCGUGUGAAGAGUACACAAGUUCAGGGACGUAUGUACAUGACACAGCCUACGGCCUGGGGUGCAUUGUGUCCCUGCAGCUGGUGCACCAGCACCCUCACCCACCUCUCCACCCGCUUGGCGACCCUUGACAGCAACAGCACUGCGGGGACUGCACUACACCACCUGAAACGGGGCCCGGGAGAGGUGGUGGGCAGAGCGGAACUCAGUGAGUUCUUUCAAAGGGCCAGCAUGGAUACCGUGCUGAAUGGCCUCCCAGGCUGGGUGGUAAUUACAGAUGGAUGGGUCUCAGGACCAGGGGCAUAAAGAGAUUCGGCAGAUGCUGGAAAUCGAAAGCUACGCACACAAAAUACCUGAGGAACUCAGCAGGUCAGCAGCAGUGAAGAAAGCAACAGACUGUCGACAUUUCAGGCAGAGACCCUUCAUCAAGACUGGAAAGGAAUGGGGGGGGCAAAAGCCAGAACCUCUCAGGACUGGGUGGGGGGUGUUGGUUGGCACUUUUCUUGCUGCUGGGAAGCUGCCCGAGGCAGCAGGGCCACUCCGGGAAAAGGAACACUGAUCCGCUGGCCAGACAGAACUCUCCAAUUCCUGGUCCCCUGCUGCCGGUGGGGAAUGUGGGAAUUCCCGAUGGUGUUCAACGACAUCCUUGCUUGUGCUUUUUGCCAACCUAGUUCUGUACAUGGGCUUUAGAUCACAGAGCUGUACAGUACAGGAAAAGGCCCUUCAGCCCACAAAUAAAUUAGUAACCAAAUGGCCAACUAAACUAAUCUCCUCUGCUUACACAAUGUCCACAUCCUUCCAUUUCCCUCCCAUCCAUGUGCCUCUCUAAACCUCUCUAUCGUAUCUGCCUCAAUCACCACGCCAGGCAGUCGCCACGCUCUGUAUUAAAAAAAAACUUACCCCUCUCAUCUACUUUGAAAUUACCCCCUCUUAAAUAAAAUUUCAGAGACAUGGUCAAUGCGAAAGGUUUCUAUAUGACAGUCCAAUAGGGAAUUUCAGGGAAACCUCCCUUCAGAGGGAAGGG